AUGACCUUGGCUGCUGACUUAAAGGGUCACUUUCAUGAACAUCUCAGUGAUGUGGUGCAGGUGGUGCACUCUGGUGAUCAUCUGUGCAUGCUAGACGAUUCUAAUGCUUGUGUUGGAGCGAGUGUACAGGUCCGUCGUGGCCUCGAUCUGUCUACGUGCAAGCGCAUCCUGUGCUGGUUCUCCUGCUGGCGGGCUGGUUCUGCGUGGUACGGCCUCUACGUGGUGCUGGCGCGGCUCAGCGUGGCAGGCGUGGUCGCCUCCCAGCUGGGACUCAUGCCGCACGUCUGGGGAGACCUCUACAGCACCUCGCUCUGCGUCUAUCUCACACUGGCUGUCCUCAGUGCGUGGUUCAAGAUGGUGCAAUUCUACUUGGCCAGACCCAAAGUGGACGCGCUACUGCGGGAGCUGAGCGGGGAGGUGCUGCUUCACGCGGAGGACCUCAGCGAGGACACGGAGGAUGUCUUCCGCACGACGUCGCGUUCCAGGCGGUUCCAGAAGCGGUCGGGCAUGUUCCGGCGGGCGUUCCUGGUGCUGGGCCACCUCACCAUCCUGUCGUGGGCCGCAAAGCCGUUCCUGGACCGCCUGCUGGGCUCGGGUGGGCUGCCUUCUCUGCCGCAGGACGCCUGGUAUCCUUUCGACACGACGCACAGCCCAUACUACGAAAUCGCCUACCUGCACCAGGUACUGUCGCUGUACGUGGCCGCGACGUGCGUGGUGACAGUGGACGUCUUCUUCACGACGCUCGUCAUGUACCUCGCGGCGCAGCUGCAGGUCCUCAACCUGCACCUGCGGGCCAUGGACGAGCGGCCCCAGCUGGCAGCAGCCACCGAUAAAGGGGGCUCCUACAACAACCAAGUCGUUGCAAUGAAGUCAGAGGGAGCAGACGGACUUCCAUCAGUUAACCCUCGCGACGCCCACGCGCAGCUGGUUCGCAGUGUGCUGCACCACCAGAUCAUCAUAAGGUCCGUGAGGAUUAUGGAAGAAGCAAUGGGACCAUGCGUUUUUGUACAGUUUCUUUUCAACGUAAUAGUAAUGUGCAUCUACGCCUUCGUAUUGGCAGGGGUCCGCAAUAUGAAUGUAGGAAGCCUCGCGAUAUGUUUAACAAACCUAGUUUCCACUUGCGUCGAGAACUUCGGCUACUGCUGGUUUGGGAACGAAAUAAUAUCACAGCUUCUAAAUGGGUCAUACAGCUUCCUUGCUGUUCUGCUUCAGAUGAACAACUCCAACUGAGAACUGGAC